CGGCAGGAUUAGUAUUCCUCGUUAUGAGCGACAGACGGUCGACAGUGCAGCACACAACCGUCGGAGAAAAGACCGGAGAGCAUCCCUGAACCGUUAAGGGCGAACGCAGGGGGACUGGCCACCGCUGUUUGGUGGGUUUUCAGAUCUGCUCCUUCUGUUACCCUUUGCGUCUCGAGUUUGUUUGUCGCUGCUAAUUUUUUUUAAGCGGUUCAUUUUCUUUAAAGGUGUCAUAAAUACACCUGGUUACGUCAUUAUAGCACGUUGACAGUCAACUUGUGUGACAGCAGGUCACACGGCCUCUCAGGAUCUCUGAGAUCACAGAGCUCCCGGUCUCUACCGGCAGGUACCGCGCACCCACAAACACGCACAGGACAGCACACGCACUCUCAUUCCGUCUCCUUCUCUCGCACUCAGCCCCUGUAGAUGGGAUCACACGCACAUACAGUGCGCACACAGACCGACUCCUAUCAUAAACAAGGACACGAGCACUAACACGCUCUCGCUCUCAGGAAAAAAACCACACACACACAAAAAGGAUUAUACUGUAGCUCACUGCGGACGAGCAGUUACUGUACACUGACGCUGCAGAAAUUGAGGGGCUGCAAGGAGUUUCGAAAGUAUAACACGGGGAAAGAACCAAACAAAAGAAGACAGAAGGCAGAAAAGGCACGGAGAUCAUUACGGGCACAGAGGAAUCAACGCGCAUACCGCCGCUGAAACCCGGAGUCAGCUGUCAAGUGGUACAGUAGAGUAUUGUGCGGACUAGAAACUCUUGCAUUUAUCUUUUGUAUUAAUUGACCGAGGUGUGAGCGCGUAACAGUAGUCUUACUAUUAUUAAAAACUAUUUUAAAAAAAAAGCCCCACGGAAUACUAAUCCUAGACUAACUCACUAGCAAUAAAGAUCAAUGAAGAAUGCGGGAGUGUGCUCGGGCACCGUCCAGACAGAGUUAAUGAAGCCCUUGGCUGUAUCAUGCGCCUUCUUCCUGAGCCCAGCGCGCAGUCUUUGCGGCUGAUCUGCCUUUUAAUUUUUGUAAUGGGGGUAGCCCCAUCCCCGGUGAUGACGGCUGGGUGUCCCGACCGCUGCGUGUGUGAUGACCAGUUGGUGGUCCAGUGCUCCGGCCAACAGCUCAUCGAUCUUCCCCGAGAGCUGCCCUUGGCCACCCGACAGCUCAUCAUCUCCAACAAUCGCAUCAAGGAGCUCCCGGCUCUGCAGCUCAACUACCUGUCUGACUUAGUCUACCUAGACUGCAGCAACAACUCCCUCACGGAGAUCUCCGAGUCCACCUUCGGUAACCUCCGGAAGCUCGCUUACCUGGACCUCUCUUUCAACAACCUGGCCCAAAUCGACGACAGGACGUUCGGCCCGCUGGGCAGCCUGGUGAUGCUGCGGAUGACGGACAACCCGGGCCUCUCCGAGAUCCACCCCGACGCCUUCGCCGAAAACGCGGCUCUGCAGGUGCUCGACAUCAGCAGGAACAACCUGACCUCCCUGAACAUCAGCACGCUGAUCGCCCUGCCCGCCCUGCGCUCCCUCGGCCUCAGCGGGAACCCCUGGCGCUGCGACUGCGACACGGAAGACCUCUGCCUCUGGGUGCAGGUGGAGGGAUUCAAGUUUCAGGAUGAGGUGCGGACGGUGUGCCGGGGCCCCUCUGCCCUCAGCGGACUGCGGCUGGCGGAGGUGGGCAUGAGGCUGCGAAUGGACUGCCACCAGAUGCUCGGCUACUGGGACUACCUCUUCUUCAUCGGCAUCGGCUUCGUCAUCUUCUCGGCUGGUACCGUGUCCGCCUGGGUGAUGGGGGUGCUCAUGGUGCUCUAUGAGCGCUACGACAAGAGGAAGGAGGACGAGAAUGAGGACGAGAAUGAGGAAGGGGGGGCAGGAGAGGGGGGGCAUGUGGGGGGCAACCAGGGCAACGGGCACCUUAGCAAGCCUGCCAUGGAGGUUUGAGCUGAGGGCCCUCCCCAGCUUCCCCAAAACAUACAGAGGAAGCUCACUGGUGCCACCUUCAGCACCUCUUGUGGACUAGCGGUGGAACUGCAUCAAAGAGGAGGAAGACACUACUGGACUCGGACACUUGGCUUCCCCAGGGCAGUGACCCAGGCAGGUCAAAAUAAAAGUUGCAUUAAAAAGG